GAGUGUAAUGGCCAUCGGGUGUCGGCGUCAGUGCCUCGAGUUCUGGUGGGAAACAAGUGUGACCUUGUUGAUCAAAUACAGGUGCCUUCCAACAUGGCGUUAAAGUUUGCCGAUUCUCACAACAUGCUCUUGUUCGAGACGUCGGCGAAAGACCCGAAGGAGAGCCAGAACGUGGAUUCAAUCUUCAUGUCGUUGGCCUGCCGCCUGAAAGCCCAGAAGUCCCUGUUGUACAGAGACGUGGAGCGAGAGGACGGGAGGGUCCGACUCACGCAGGAAACCCAAACAAGAAGCAACUGUCCCUGUUGAGCGGAAGCAGCAUAGGGAGGGACAAGGCAAGGGAAAGGAGAAGAGUGUACUUGUCGAGGAUGAGAACAUGGGGCGGAAACAGAGUUUUUUUAAAACAAGUUCAACUUUCUGGUUUAGGAAAAGAAGGGAGCAAGUUGAGGCUGAUGCUAGGAGCAAAGGUGUUCCAGGAAGUGGGGGAGAGAAAA